UAUCAGCUAUAUAUUAGAGAGAGAGAGAGAAGCGAGAGAGAAUGGUUGAUGGAAUCUCUCUCGCUUUGUGCUCACUCUUCUCUGCAUCGCUCGAUUCUCCCUCCUCCUCGCAAAGGGCGUUUGUUUUUUGUUUUGUUUUGUACGUUCCUCGAAACCCUUUCCCUAACGAGGGAGGUGGAGGAGAUGAGAUCCCGAUCAUGUCAUUCAAUGCGUGAGAUUCAGCGGAAUCGACUGUUCCGGUGCUGAUGAUUGGGACAUUCUGAUUUUGUUGUUGAUUCAUCUCUUCGCUGAGAGUGAUGGAUUCGGCUGAAGUGGAAGGGCGUAUAUUCAUUGCCGGUGAUCCAAAGGUACACGGGGGAAUGUUUAGGCUGCUUCAUGCAUUUGUUAGCAGGGUAAUGGAGAUCUUUCCAUUUAUAGAAGCUGCAAGACCCAGAAGUAAGUCUGGCAUACAGGCACUGUGCUCGUUGCAUGUUGCUCUUGACAAAGCCAAAAGCCUUCUUCAGCAUUGCUCAGACUGUAGUAAGCUUUACCUGGCAAUUACUGGAGAAUCGAUUCUAGUAAAGUUUGAAAAGGUAAAAUGUGCUCUUGGAGAAAGUCUUAGACGAGUUGAAGAAAUUGUGCCAGAACCAAUUAACUGUCAGAUCAUGGAAAUUGUUGGGGAGCUGGAGGAAACUGUAUUUGAGCUGGACCAGUCAGAGAAGCAGGCAGGUGAUGAAGUCAUAUCAUUGCUUCAGAAAGACAGUAAAUUUAAGAGUAAUUCAAGCGAUAGUGAAGAGCUUGAAAUUUUCCACCAAGCUGCUUUAAGGCUAGGGAUUACUUCUUCUCGAGCAGCAUUGACCGAAAGGAGAUCUCUAAAAAAACUUAUCGAGAGAGCUCGCGCUCAAGAAGACAAACGGAAGGAAUCUAUUGUAUCUUACUUAUAUCACCUAAUGAGAAAGUAUUCAAAGCUUUUCAGAAGUGAGUAUGCUGAUGAUACUGACUCUCAGGGAUCGACUCCACGCUCUCCUUCCAUACUGGGAUUUGAAGAGGUGUCUAGUCCACAUCGGAACAGCUACACAUUUGAUAAGAGCAGUCAGACGUUUGAUAGACAUCUAUCUAAAUUACGGUCUUUCAAUUUCAAACAAAAUGGAAAGUCUGGCAAUAUACCAAUCCCUCCUGAAGAAUUCAUAUGCCCCAUUUCGUUGCAGCUCAUGUUUGAUCCUGUCAUUAUUUCAUCUGGACAGACCUAUGAGCGUAUCUGCAUUGAGAAAUGGUUCAAUGAUGGUCAUAGUACCUGUCCGAAAACUCAGCAGCAGCUAUCUCAUUUGUGUUUAACGCCAAACUAUUGUGUCAAAGGCUUGAUUGGAAGUUGGUGUGAGCAGAAUGGAUUUCCCAUUCCUAAUGCCCCCCCUGGGUCCUUGGAUUUUACCUAUUGGAGGUUGUCUCUCUCUCAAUGUGAAGCUAUGGAUUCAAGUUCCUUUGUUGGUUCAAAUUCUUGUAAAUCAAAAAGUAUUAGUGUUUCUCCUUAUGAUGGCAGUAGCAUCCCAGAGGAGACCAAGGAGAAUGAUUCUGAAAUUUUAAACAACUAUUAUCAGGAUUGUGGAACAGAUGAGUUUGACAAAUACCGAAGAAUACUAGAUGCACUUGGUGAGACUAAAAGUACACAGAAGCAAUUUAGAGUGGUGGAGCAGAUAAGGUAUCUACUGAAGGAAGAUGAAGAAGCUAGGAUCUUCAUGGGUGCUAAUGGAGCCGUGGAUCCACUCAUUCUGUUCCUGAGAACAUCCAUAUACGAUGGUGAUGAAAAGGCUCAAGAAGCUGCUGCCAUGGCCCUUUUCAACCUGGCAGUCAACAGCAAUAGGAACAAGGAAAUGCUCAUAGCAGCUGGAUUGAUACCAUUGCUAGAACAAAUGAUCUCAAAUUCUGGAAUGUGUGAUUGUGUAGCAGCUCUCUACCUCAAUCUUUCACGUCUCAGCGAAGCCAAGCCCCUCAUUUGCUCAAGCAAAGCUGUUCCAUUCCUCAUUCAUCUUUUACAAGAUGAUGGAAACCAUGGGAGCACCUGCAAGUAUGAUGCGCUGUACACACUAUAUAAUCUUUCCACGCAUCCACCCAACAUCACUAUCCUCGUAUCGUCAGGCAUCAUCACGAGUCUUCAUCCACUCCUCGGACUGCCUUCUGCAUCUGAAGGCAUUAUGUGGGCCGAGAAGGCCCUAGCAGUCUUGAUAAAUUUAGCAUCAAGCCAGGCAGGAAGAAGAGAGAUUGUUUCGGAUCCAGCUAUAUUUUCAGCUCUUGCUGGAGUCUUGGACUUCGGUGAGCCCGCAGAACAAGAGCAGGCCUUGUCUUGCCUGUUGAUUCUGUGCUGCGAUGAUGAGAAGUGCAGUCAAAUGGUCUUGCAAGAAGGGGUGAUACCAUCCCUUGUUUCAAUAUCAGUGAAUGGAACAGUAAAAGGCAGGGAGAAAUCUGAGAAGUUAUUGAAGCUCUUCAGAGACCAGCGGCAGCAAGAGCCACCGACCCUGAAGCAGCAACAGCAGCCAAUCGACAGCAACGGUGGUCUUCAAGUGACUGUAGAAACCAAGUUCUGUAAAUCAAGAUCAAAGAAGCUCGGAAGGACACUGAGUUCGAUCUGGAAGAAGAAGAAUUUCUCCAUAUAUCAAUGCUAGAGUCCUUGGUCAUCCUCAAUCAUGUAAAUUUCUGUCAGCAUUUUCUCUUUCAUUUCUUUUCUUUUUCUUUUCAAUCAAGGGGAAUUGGCAUUUUCCCUUUGCCUCCCUGAAUAGAAAAGAUGUACAGGCCUUAUGCUAGUGUGUAUCAGUUUUCUCAGCUAUCUUCUGCUAGUAGUUCAAAAAAGCUGUAAUUUCUACCAGGUGAGAAAAUUGAUGCUUUUGUUAGGUCCUUUCUCAAGAAAUCAUGUUUCAAAUCACAA